UACGUGAAGGACUUUUGUCAGGAAUACAGAACUCACCCACACUUAUCAGGCGGGCUAGUCACCAAUUUGUUAAAUUUAUUCUUCUUUCCAAAGCUUGAAAGAGGAAUAGCAGUAGACAAACUGGAGCAAACUUGGCGUUACCCAUGUAUAUCCAGUUCAAAUGCAAAUAAUGCAUUUUUUUUAAUCUGUUUUCUGAAAACAGGGCAGUUCUGGCAUGUAUCUGACCUACAUUUAGAUCCGACUUACCACAUUACCCCUGAUCGCACCAAAGUUUGUUCUUCUUCCAAAGGAGCCAAUGCCUCCAACCCAGGCCCUUUUGGAGACUUUUUGUGUGAUUCUCCAUAUCAACUUAUUUUGUCAGCAUUUGCAUUCAUGAAAGAUUCAAACCAGCAGGUUUCAUUCAUGAUUUGGACGGGAGAUAGUCCUCCUCAUGUUCCUGUAAAAGAACUCUCCACAAAGUUGGUCAUUAGCAUCAUUGGCAAUAUGAGUUCUACAAUUCGUAAUUUCUUUCCGGAUCUUCAGGUUUUCCCGGCCUUGGGCAAUCAUGACUACUGGCCACAGGAUCAGCUUCCUGUAACUACCAGUGAAGUUUACAAUGCUGUAGCGGAUUUCUGGAAACCUUGGCUAACUGAUGAAGCAAUCAGUACCUUCAGAAAAGGUGGCUUCUACACACAGCUGUUUGAAUCCAGCUCUCAACCGCUGAGGAUAAUCAGUCUGAACACAAAUUUAUAUUACAGCCCCAACAGUGUAACUGUAAAUAUCACUGACCCAGCCAACCAGUUUGCCUGGCUGGAGGGAAUACUAGAAGCCUCUUCACAAAAGGAGGAAAAGGUAUAUAUAAUAGGACAUGUACCAAUAGGAUAUUUGCCAUAUGCAAGGAAUACUACAGCUAUCAGGGAGUAUUACAAUGAGAGACUGGUAAAGAUUUUUCGCAAAUACAGUAGUGUUAUUGCGGGGCAGUUUUUUGGACAUACACAUAGAGAUAGUAUCAUGGUCCUCCUGGAUGAAGAAGAAAAGCCAGUAAAUUCCUUGUUUGUGGCACCUGCUGUAACCCCAGUGAAGAGUGUAUGGCAAAUGGAGUCCAAUAACCCUGGCGUCAGACUGUAUCAAUAUGAUCUUCUUGAUUAUAGCUUGCUGGAUCUUUGGCAGUUUUACUUGGAUCUCAGAGACGCCAACAAGAAAAAUGAAUCGAACUGGAAAUUAGAAUACAUCCUGACUAAAGCUUACGGCAUUGAAGACUUGAAGCCAGAAAGCCUGUAUGAAAUGGCCAAGCAGUUGUCUAUGCCACACAGCACACUGUUUGAGCGGUAUUACAGUAACUUCAUUGUGAGUUAUGACAAAACCAUUGUCUGUGAAGAGGGGUGCAAGACCUGCCAAAUAUGUGCAAUCCAAUAUUUGGAUUACUCCUCAUACACAGAUUGUAUCAAUCGGGAAGCAGUGUGGAGAUUCCUACUUUGUUCCUCCAUGGAUCUGGGAAUGUUCUAAAGCAGGAGAGUUG